GAAAGCGACCUUUUGCUGAGGAGAGUCUGAUUCCAGUGCUUCUUCAUCAACUCACAACCAACAACCCCGCGACAGCGACAACGGCACUGCGUUGGAACAACCCACCGAGAAUCUGAUUUCUGUCUUAUUUUCUUAUCAUACGCUGGUGGAUAAUUGUGGCACUCACCCCAUUGUCUCGGCUACCAAGACCUACGAUCCAGCCAGCCUUCAGGAUUCGUCGCUCAGUUGGCUGCAUAGGGUGACUUUGCUCACACAAAUGCCAUGUUUUAUCCCCAGCAAUCCCCCGCCAUUUCUCACAAACAUCCCAACCACCACGACCAGUCCCCUUGGGGUCGCACACAUCAUCCUGUCCUCGGCCCUCCUGGCUCACAGAACAUCGGCCCACCGCCUGCGUCGCCUGGAUAUGCGCUCUACACAAAUGGAUCCGUGAACCCCAUGCAACACCACCCAGGACACCCUCUUCCCCAUACUCCAAUGACCCAUCACCAGCACCAUAACUCGCUUUCUCAUUAUCCCUCUCCACCGAAUGGCCACAUACACAACCAGCAUAUGGGCCAGGCAUCCCCUGGAAGCGCUGCCAGCCAGAUAAUUACCCCUCAUUGGCAACAGCAACUCCUGAAGUGCGAGAUGAUAAGAUCGUCCCGCUCUCCGCACCACAGGGCGCGGGCUAGUGCUAUGGCCUCUCGUUCAGUCACUAAAUCAGCUAUCCUCAUCACGAAUCCGAACCACGUGAAACCAAACAAUGGUACAGACGUUCCCGAUGCGGCGUCAAAAGACAGCGGGACUUCAACUGCAUCUAGCACUCCAGCUCCUACAACUGCUUCGGAGAGCUCUCCGGUGUCAUCUAACUCGGCACCUAACCACCCCUCUGCCACAGUGGCACCGAUCGCGGAGGCUCCGCGACCGACAGCAGGACCACCCGAAAAUACUUGGAAUUCACUAGACAUGGGUGGCGUUAACCUAAAGACAAUUCCACACAACUCUGGGCUGUUUACAUUCACGUUUCUCAUUAAUCUCUACCUCAACCACAAUUCUCUAGCUGCAAUACCACAAGAGAUCUCUAAACUGCGUCAUCUGGAAUUGCUAGAUUUGUCGGGAAAUGCACUCACCACAGUGCCUCCGGAGAUGGGCAUGCUUACGCAGCUCAAGGAGCUCUAUCUUUUUGACAACCAGAUCACUACGCUUCCACCGGAGCUUGGCAGUCUUCACCAGUUACAGACACUUGGCAUAGAGGGCAACCCUCUCGAUGCAAGUCUGAAGGGAAUGAUACAGAAGGAUGGCACGCCAGCACUUAUCUCGUACCUUCGGGACACCUGUCCGAUGCCUCUGCCUCCCCCCCAACGGGCAUGGAAAAACGUCAUCAGCCCAGCGGAACGAGAAGCUUUGGCGAACGACCCUCACACGGAGACCUUUAGCGUUCUUUGUUACAACAUUCUGUGCGAAAAGUACGCAACAGAGAAGUUGUACGGCUACACCCCCUCGUGGGCACUGUCGUGGGACUACCGGAAGGAAUUGAUCUUAACCGAGGUGAUGAACUACGAUGCAGACUUUCUGUGUCUGCAGGAGGUAGACAUUGCUCAGUACGAAGACUAUUUCGUCAAGCAUCUACAGGCACAAGAUUAUGAGGGCAUCUACUAUCCAAAGUCGCGAUACAAGACUAUGAGCGAUGUCGAGCGGCGGCAGGUCGACGGUUGUGCGACUUUUUACAAGGCUAACAAGUAUCAACUUGUUGAGAGACAACUCAUCGAAUUCAGUACUGUCGCGAUGCAACGGCCGGAUUUUAAGAAGACAGAUGAUAUGUUCAACCGCGUGCUCGGGAAGGAUCACAUCGCUGUCACGUGCCUUUUCGAAAACAAAAAAACGGGUACUCGCGUCAUAGUCGCCAAUGCUCAUAUUCACUGGGACCCAAACUUCCGAGACGUUAAGCUUGUUCAGGUCGCGUUACUAGUGGAGGAAGUUGAGAAAAUUGCUGCCCAUUUUUCCAAAUUACCCCCCCGCCCACCGAUCAGCUUCGAUGAUCAAUCGAGUCCAUCACGGCCACUACCUACGUAUUCGGAUGGGACGAAGAUACCUACCAUCAUUUGUGGAGAUUUUAACUCUAUUCCCUCGAGUGGCGUGUGGGAGUUCCUGUCUACUGGUUCAGUGCCACCGGAUCACCCAGAUUUCAUGUCCCAUUUGUAUGGCAAGUACACCACAGAGGGCCCCAGACACAGGCUCAACCUGAAGAGCGCGUACGCUGCUGCCGGGGAAAUCUCCUUGACAAACUAUACACCACGCUUCCAAGGUGUUGUCGAUUAUAUAUGGUACUCGGCGAGCAAUCUAUCUGUCAACGCUGUUUUGGGCGAAACUGAUAAAGGGUACCUUGAGAAGGUCGUUGGCUUCCCAAACGCACAUUUCCCUUCGGACCACGUAUGUUUAGUGAGCGAGUUCCGGGUGAAGCCCAUACGGGACACACUCCCCCCACCGUCAACGAUUCCGACACCCAACGGUAUGCACUCCUAAGUGAGAUGGAGUGUGGCUUUCAUCCGCCUCAUUUACCUCCUGUAUUUCUUUUUCACUUUUUUGCACAUAUAAUUUUUCUGCAGUACAUUGCUUUCUUGCUUGCGUGUACACGAGGAGUGAUUGCGUAUAUACAACAGUACUUACGUGUUGUUUGUUUUAAAUCCAGUCCUAUAUCUCCACUUCUCUCUCUCUUCCUGUGUUGUCCCCGGAGUGUGCUUGCUUGCCCGGCGUUCAUGUACGCCGCUUCUUAGCUGUCUCUGUUCGUAUAUAUGUCUGUAGCAUCUGUCUGCCUUGUGCACCUCUCUGAUCUGAACUAUAUUUUCCUUAUUCCUUCAUCUCGUAGACGAUGUGCAGCGAACCAAGUUGCAGGUGGAACAGAUAGCGAAGCAAUGGUGCUCGAUACGUAGUGAACCCGCUUUCCAGCAUGCGUGUGUGGAGAUGCCAAGUCUCGGGGGAG